AUGACGAAUUUAUUAUCGACAUUUGAGAAAAUUAAAUCUCAAAUACCACCCCUUGAAAUCACUGACACGAAAAGAUCUAGUGAAGAUAAUCCUUUUAAUGAAAAGAUUUUGACUCCUAGUAACUUGAACAAACCCUUCUUGCGGAAUGAUAAUCUUCUGAAUUUGAAGGAUAUCACCUAUACUGAUAGUGAUAAUUCCACACUAAAGUUAAAUGUGGAAGUAGAAAGUCAAAAGAUCCCCGAAUCAACUAAACCUAAAGAUCAAAAACCCCCUGAAGAAGAAGAAGAUGAAGUAUCAUUGAAUGUUCUAGAAGAAAUGAAUAAACUUGUGGAAUGUUUCCCCAAAUUAUCAUCAAAUUACAGGUUAAUCGAUAAAAUAGGUGAAGGAACUUUCUCUACAGUAUAUAAGGCUGAAGCAUUGAAUGGUAUUAUCAAAUUGGGUUCGGAUAUAUGGAAAUCUCCACCUUUAAAGAAACUUAAACUGAACAGAUUACCCCACGAAACCAAAAAAAAGAAGCAAAAGAAUCCAAUUGUAGCAUUAAAACAAAUUUACGUAACGUCAUCACCUAAUAGAAUUUAUAAUGAGUUGAAUUUAUUAUAUAUAUUAACAGGAAAUAGUCAUAUAGCUCCAUUACUAGAUGUUUUGAGGUAUCAAGAUCAAGUAGUAGCCAUUUUACCAUAUUACCCUCAUGCUGAUUUCAGAGAUUUCUUUAGAGAUUUACCUAUUAAGGGGAUCAAAACUUAUUUAUAUGAAUUAUUCCAAGGUUUGGAAUUUGUUCAUGCUAAAGGAAUCAUUCAUAGAGAUUUGAAGCCAACUAAUUUCUUAUAUGAUCCAUUUAAGGGGAAAGGAGUAUUGGUAGAUUUUGGAUUAGCUGAAAAGAUGUCAACAUCAACUAAAAAUUCGAACACUUGUCCUUGUAAUAGUGAAAAAGAUGCUAAUAAAAGAAAUAAGAGAUUAAAUAUCAAGACUGCAUACCCUAAAUCCGAUCAAAGACCUCCAAGACGAGCUAAUAGAGCAGGAACUAGAGGUUUUAGAGCUCCUGAAGUUUUAUUCAAAUGUACAAAUCAAUCUACCAAAUUAGAUAUUUGGUCUGCAGGUAUCAUUGGAUUAUCAUUAAUAUCAAGGAAGUUCCCAUUAUUCAAUUCCCCUGAUGAUACUGAUGCCAUAAUUGAAAUAGCUUUAAUGUUUGGAUUAGAAAAGUUAAUUAAAUGUGCGGACUUACAUGGAUGUGGGUUGGAAAUUAAUCUCGAAAACUUGAGUAAUCAAAAUCCUAAUGAUGGGAACUUAUUAAAGUUGAUUUAUGUAUUGUUAGAUCACGAAAUAGUCAAUGAUUCAGUACCAGAAGAUUCUGUGAUAUAUGAAACCAUGAGAUUAUUCAACAGUGCUAAAGAUGGAUUUAAAGCCAGCGAUGAAGUUGAUGAUAUGGAUAAAGAUAAUUAUAAUGAUCAUAAGAACUUAUUCGAUUUACUAUAUGGAUGUUUCAGUAUGGAUCCAAGUAAAAGAUUGAGUGCUAAAGAGAUAUUGAAGAUGCCAUUCUUCGAUGAAUUGAAUCAAGAUUUCGAUGAUGAUGUUAUUCUCUAG